GUAAAUUGCCCGAUUGGUACAAAGGCGCCUUGUUCAAUGAAACGUAUUUCAUAAGCGAUGGUGGAACACUUUGGUUGGCACCAGAAGAGGAAGAAAUGAAUAACUUAACUGAAAAUGACCCAAGGCGAACUUAUGGCCAUUUCGCCUACUUAGAAGGCCAAGAAUAUAUUAUGUAUAACUCUUAUGAUGUUCACUUCUAUGCUUCUCAUGCUUUGCACAAAAAUUGGCCUCAUCUUCAGAAAUGUUUGAACUAUGACCUGCGAGAUUUUGUGUCUAAGGAAAUUAACGCUGAGGUGACGAUGCUUUAUGACGGAAAAGUUGUGGAAAGGAAGCAGACCAAUUCGAUACCGCAUGAUGCAGGAAGUCCUGGAGAAGCACCUCUUACCCUCAUCAACGCUUACAAUAUACACGAUGUUAGUUUGUGGAGAGAUCUUAACUCGAAAUUCGUUUUACAAACUUACAGAGACGCAUUUUCCACCACUUCUGGAAAGCCUGAUAAAGAUUACAUAAAAGAAAUGUAUGGAACCUGUUACAGCAUUAUGCAGAAAGCUAUAAAACAUGAUGUCGAUGAAGAUGGCCUGAUUGAAAACGGCGGACAACCAGAUCAAACUUUCGACUCGUGGGUUAUGACUGGUGUAAGUGCGUAUUGUGGUGGAUUGUGGCUAGGAGCCCUCUAUGCGAUAAUGGCAAUGGCAGAACAUUUGGGAAAAGUAGAAGAUAAAAAAUUAUUCGAGGACAUAUUUGCGAAAGCUAAACCAGCCUUCGAAAAAAGACUGUGGAACGGGAAAUAUUACGAUUUUGACGAGUCCAAAAAUAGCGCCAAAUCAAUUAUGGCCGACCAACUUUGCGGACAUUGGUAUUUGAAAUGUUGUGGAGUCGAAAACUAUGAAAUUUUUCCUAAGGAGAACAUCAGUGCUGCUCUGUCAACUAUAUACAAAAACAAUGUACAGUCCUUUUGUGGUGGAAACAUGGGCGCUGUGAACGGCUUUAUUAACGGAAGACCGGAUGAAUUGACAUUGCAGAGCGUAGAAGUAUGGACUGGAGUCACGUACGCUCUGGCUGCAACAAUGAUUCAAGAGGGCAUGACAGAGGAAGGCUUCAAAACGGCCGGAGGGAUGUAUCAAUCGAUGGUAGAACAAUUCGGUAUGGCUUUCGAUACUCCAGAAGCCAUAUAUGCCACCAAGCAUUUCAGAGCUGUAGCGUACAUGAGACCUCUCAGUAUUUGGUCCAUGCAGAUAGCGUGGGAGGCGUAUAAGAAGUACCUCAAACAUUAAGUUUUCAUUGUAAGGAUUUAAUUCAACAGUCAUAUUUAUGCUAACAAUACAAUUAAUAUAAAUAAACGUUAGAGAUUUUUUUA